AUGGUCAAACUACUCAAGCCUGGGCGCUUGGUGGUGGUCCUGAACGGCCGCAUGGCCGGUAAGAAGGGUAUUGUGGUGAGCACCUCGGAGGGCACGAAGGAGCGUCAUUUCUGCUACUGUUUGGUGGCGGGAAUUGAGAAGGCCCCUCUCCGAGUUUCCAAACGCAUGAGCGCCACUAAAGUCCAGAAGCGCAUGCGUCCUAAGGCCUUCAUCCGCUACGUUAACGUCCGUCACCUAAUGCCCACUAGGUACACUGUCAGCAAUGAUUUUGACGUCAAGACCCUCGUUCCCGAUGCUGCUUUGGAAGACAGCGCCUCACGCAAGGCUGCGAAGAAGGCUCUGGCUAGCAUCUUCUAUGAAAAGUUCAUGAAUCCUAUCAACGAGAAGGCUGGCAAGGUCUCAAAGGACGUUCUCUUCCUCCGGAAGAAACUCAGGUUCUAA